CAUUCAAGGGUCCGAGCCCACGCGCUACAAACCCCGAGCCAGCGGGUUAGCAAGGCGGGAAAUUCUCGUUUCCUUGUACCUGGCGGGAAAUUGCCUACUUGACACUCAAUCCACUUGAAAACAAUUAAUCUCCACUUUCCCAAAAUCCAACGGCUACAAUAUCAUCAACUUCAAUUCACUAUCACUUUUAUUCGGAGCCUCGUUUCUGUACGAAAAUCAGUCUCUCUCGUUUUUAUUUCUUUUUUAUACUUUAUUUUUUCCCUUUCUAUCCAAAAGAAAAGAAUAGAAACCCCCGAUCUGAGAAAGAGAUGGCGAAGUCGUCGAAGCCGGCGUCGUCCGAUGAAGCCCUAUCCAACAGCUCCAAUUCAUCAGAAGAGGAGCGAAUCAACGAUCAGAUCGACGGCGAUGAAGAAGACGCGGAAGAGCUCGAAGCCGUUGCUCGCUCUGCCGCCGCCUCCGACGAAGACGAUGACGCCGUCGCUGAUGAAAACACUGAUGACGCCGACGAGGAUGAGUCUAACGGGGCUGGUCCAGAAAUUAGUAAGCGAGAAAAGCAGAGGCUAAAAGACAUGCAGAAGCUAAAGAAGCAGAAGAUUCAGGAAAUAUUGGAUGCUCAAAAUGCUGCCAUUGAUGCUGAUAUGAAUAAUAGGGGGAAGGGGCGUUUGAAGUAUCUUUUGCAGCAAACGGAGUUGUUUGCUCAUUUUGCUAAAGGUGACCAAUCGUCAUCACAAAAGAAGGUGAAAGGAAGGGGCCGUCAUGCAUCAAAAGUAACUGAAGAGGAAGAAGAUGAAGAAUGUCUCAAGGAGGAAGAAGAUGGUUUGUCUGGAAACACCCGAUUGGUGACUCAGCCUUCUUGUGUUCAGGGAAAAAUGAGAGACUACCAACUUGCUGGUUUAAACUGGCUUAUACGACUGUAUGAGAAUGGUAUAAAUGGAAUUCUUGCAGAUGAAAUGGGACUUGGAAAAACUUUGCAAACCAUUUCUUUACUGGGUUAUCUGCAUGAGUACCUUGGGAUUACUGGCCCUCAUAUGGUUGUUGCUCCAAAAUCAACUCUUGGUAACUGGAUGAAUGAAAUUCGUCGAUUUUGCCCGGUCUUGCGAGCUGUAAAGUUUCUUGGGAAUCCUGAGGAAAGAAGAUACAUCCGUGAGGAGUUACUGGUUGCUGGAAAGUUUGAUGUCUGUGUGACAAGUUUUGAAAUGGCCAUCAAAGAGAAGUCAGCUUUGCGUCGUUUUAGUUGGCGCUAUAUAAUUAUCGAUGAAGCCCAUCGAAUCAAGAAUGAGAAUUCACUCCUUUCUAAAACUAUGAGACUCUACAAUACUAAUUACCGUCUUCUUAUUACGGGUACUCCACUUCAGAAUAAUCUCCAUGAGCUUUGGUCUCUUCUUAACUUUUUACUGCCAGAGAUUUUUAGUUCAGCUGAAACUUUUGAUGAGUGGUUUCAGAUUUCUGGUGAAAAUGAUCAGCAGGAGGUCGUUCAACAACUUCACAAGGUUCUUCGACCAUUUCUCCUUCGGAGAUUGAAAUCUGAUGUUGAGAAAGGUUUGCCUCCUAAAAAGGAAACAAUCCUGAAAGUAGGAAUGUCCCAGAUGCAGAAACAGUACUAUAGGGCUUUGCUGCAAAAAGAUCUUGAAGUUGUUAAUGCUGGAGGAGAGCGUAAGCGUCUUCUGAACAUUGCAAUGCAGUUGCGUAAAUGCUGUAAUCACCCAUAUCUUUUCCAAGGUGCUGAACCUGGACCUCCAUAUACAACUGGAGACCAUCUUAUAACCAAUGCUGGUAAAAUGGUUCUCUUGGACAAGUUACUUCCAAAGCUGAAGGAGCGUGAUUCUAGAGUUCUGAUAUUUUCACAGAUGACGAGGCUGCUGGAUAUUCUCGAAGACUAUUUGAUGUUUCGUGGGUAUCUGUAUUGCCGGAUUGAUGGUAAUACAGGCGGAGAAGAUCGUGAUGCUUCCAUUGAAGCCUUUAAUAAGCCAGGAAGUGAAAAAUUUGUUUUCUUGUUAUCAACUAGAGCUGGAGGCCUUGGUAUUAAUCUUGCUACUGCAGAUGUUGUCAUCCUUUACGAUAGUGACUGGAACCCACAAGUUGAUUUGCAAGCACAGGAUAGAGCUCAUAGGAUUGGUCAAAAGAAGGAAGUUCAAGUAUUCCGAUUUUGCACGGAGUAUACUAUUGAGGAAAAGGUGAUUGAGAGGGCUUAUAAAAAGCUUGCCCUAGAUGCUCUGGUUAUUCAACAAGGACGAUUAGCAGAACAGAAAACUGUUAACAAGGAUGAGUUGCUUCAAAUGGUGAGGUUUGGUGCUGAAAUGGUCUUCAGUUCCAAGGAUAGCACUAUAACAGAUGAAGACAUCGAUAGAAUCAUCGCUAAAGGAGAAGCAGCGACAGCUGAACUUGAUGCCAAGAUGAAGAAAUUUACAGAGGAUGCAAUUAAAUUUAAGAUGGAUGAUACUGCUGAAUUGUAUGAUUUUGAUGAUGACAAGGAUGAGAACAAGUUUGACUUCAAGAAAAUUGUAAGUGAAAACUGGAUUGAACCACCAAAAAGAGAGCGGAAGCGGAAUUACUCAGAAUCUGAGUACUUUAAACAAACCAUGCGCCAAGGUGGUCCAACAAAACCUAAGGAACCUCGAAUUCCUCGCAUGCCUCAACUGCAUGAUUUCCAAUUUUUUAACACUCAGAGGCUAAGUGAGUUGUAUGAGAAAGAAGUACGCUAUCUCAUGCAAACACAUCAGAAGAAUCAGAUAAAGGACACUAUUGAUGUGGAUGAACCUGAAGAAGGGGGAGAUCCAUUAACUGCUGAGGAGUUGGAGGAAAAGGAGCGACUGUUAGAAGAGGGAUUUUCUUCAUGGAGUAGAAGAGAUUUCAAUACUUUCAUUAGAGCUUGUGAGAAGUAUGGACGAAAUGAUAUAAAGAGUAUUGCUUCAGAAAUGGAAGGGAAAACGGAGGAGGAAGUUGAAAGAUACGCCAAAGUUUUUAAAGAACGAUACAAGGAGUUAAAUGAUUAUGAUAGGAUAAUUAAGAACAUUGAACGAGGAGAGUCCAGGAUUUCUAGAAAAGAUGAGAUCAUGAAAGCUAUCGGCAAGAAAUUGGAUCGCUACAAGAAUCCAUGGCUAGAAAUGAAGAUACAGUAUGGUCAGAACAAAGGGAAGCUGUACAAUGAAGAAUGUGAUCGGUUCAUGAUAUGCAUGGUUCACAAGCUUGGAUAUGGGAAUUGGGAGGAGUUGAAAGCAGCAUUCCGUACAUCCCCUUUGUUUCGAUUUGAUUGGUUUGUGAAGUCACGGACAACUCAAGAGUUGGCAAGGAGAUGUGAUACCCUUAUUCGAUUGGUUGAGAAGGAAAACCAAGAAUACGACGAGAGGGAGCGACAAGCCCGCAAGGAGAAGAAACUUGCCAAGAACAUGACACCAUCAAAGCGUGGUGGGAGGCAACCAACUGAGAGUCCUACACAACUAAAGAAACGGAAGCAGCUAUCAAUGGAUGAUUAUGUGAUCUCGGGGAAAAAGAGAAAGUGAUAUCAGCAAUGUAAACUACAAAUUUUGGGUUUAAAGCAAGAAAUAUCAUGUUGAGGAGUUGGGUUGUAGUUUGCAUGCUAGACUCUUGACUUGAAAGGGCUAAAUCAUUAUUGAUGCAUUAGGAUUUGAAAGCUGCAUAAACGAGUAUACCGGGUAACUAGGGUUUUCUAAGUACAAUAUUAUGCUCCAUCCAUCGGAACCAUAUGAUAUUUGUAUGCCAA